AUGCCAACAAGAACUUACAUUUCCAAGAAUGAAGCACAUGCUCCAGGCUUUAAGGCUGCGAAGGACCGUGUGACUGUGACAGUGUUGUUGGGUGCAAAUGCUAGUGGAGACUUAAAGCUUAAGCCUGUGUUGGUGUAUCACUCUGUCAACCCGCGAGCUUUAAAGGGUUACAUAAAGUCUAAUCUAGGUAUUCACUUUUGGUCAAGCAAAAAAGGUUGGAUGACGGGACAAAUUUUUUCUGACCUUCUUGUGGAUGUUUUUGAAAAUGUGUUUAAAAAAUAUUGCAAGAAGAAGAAUAUAGAUUUUAAGAUUCUCCUCAUUUUAGAUAAUGCGCCAAGCCACCCUCCCACUGUUGCUGAGCUUUCUGACAAUAUCAAAGUGCUCUUUCUACCUCCAAAUACAACAUCUCUCCUUCAACCAAUGGACCAAGGAGUAAUAGCAGCCUUCAAAGCCUAUGAUUUGAGGCGUACAUUUAAGAAACUUAUUGAAGCUACUGAGGAAGGAAAUGAUAAGGCCAGUGUUCUUCAGUUUUGGAAAAAAUUCAACAUCAAGCAUGCAAUUGACAUCAUUGUGGAGGCCUGGGGUGAACAAGUUGGCUUUGCUGAAGUGGAAAGCGCUGAUGUUGAAGAACUGCUCGAGUCCCACUGUGAAGACCUCUCUACAGAAGAUCUACAACAACUUGUUGAUUCUGGGAAAAUAGAAGAUGCCGAAGAUGAAGAAGUCCAGGAUGCAAAACCAAGAGAGCUUCCCACUUCCGUUUUGUCUUCUAUCCUGAGGGAAGUUGAUACGCAGUUGCAGCGCUUGGAAGACAAUGACUACAAUGCAGAAAGGAGCAGGAUUGCA